CACCGAGGACGACGCUCCGCUGACCACCUGCCCGCCGAACAUGGGACAGACGCACCAGAAGGAGCAGAACGACCCGGAGAUCAACGUCAAGGCGCUCCAGGACAUGUACAAAAAGUUUGUGACGGAGUGCCCGAGCGGUGUUUUAUUUAUCCACGAGUUCAAGCGUUUUUUUGCCAUCGACCCAACUGGGGAAGUCUCGGAGUAUGCGGAGAGCAUGUUUCGAGCUUUCGACAAGAAUGGGGAUAACACCAUUGAUUUCCUGGAGUUUGUGGCAGCCUUGAAUCUUGUUUUCCGGGGGGACUUGGAGCACAAAUUACGCUGGUCAUUUAAAGUUUACGAUAAGGACGGCAACGGCCACGUGGAUAGGACGGAACUGCGAGCUAUUAUUGAUAGUAUAUAUCACUUAAAGAAGACGUCCAAGAGAGAGCAGGAGGGUAUGCAGCUGUCGGUGAAUGAAGUGUGCGAGAGAAUACUGAAGACCGUGGAUGUGGACGGGGACGGUCACAUCACCCUGGAGGAGUUCAUUGAGGGGGCCCAGGGAGACCCAUGGAUCAUGGACAUGCUCCAACUGGACAUGAACCCUUAUGGCUGGGUGCUGGAACAGAGAAGGAAAAGUGCACACUUUUAAAAUGACUGGAAAGACAAAAGCAUCUAUUUUUUUCUUCUUCAACGAAAUUAGGUUCCAAGUCAAUUGCACAUAAUAGGAUCAUUUUGGGGGGGAUUCAUUCGGAUUGUUUAAGCUAGUUUUAAUUAUAAGGACAGGAAUGGUUUUGUGUCGAUCUCCUUUCACAAAUUCCAUGAGAUGAACAGCUUGUGUUCAUUCUGAGUUAACCUGCAGUGCAGUUUUCUUUAUAUGUAGGUGAUUUAAUUGGGGCCUUAAAGUGGAACUGACAUUGUUUUAACUUCUUUGCAAAUAUGAAACAAACAGACAAUCAUAAUAUCAGUAAAACAUAUCAAAUUCCCAGUUCAUGCUACACAACCAACUUUAUAAGAGGUUUUAAAAAUAGGUUCUGUUUCACUCAAAAUUCCAUGACAUACAUUGUUGGGAGAAUAGAUGGAUGCAGUUCAAUGCAUGAUUAAUAUAAUUCA